AUGGGCGGGGUCAUUUGCGUCCAAUGGCAAUACGAGUCUUUCAUUGGUUAAUCCUUUAAAGGACCCUUCUCUCAUUGGUCAAAAUAUGUUGCGCUGCCAUUGGUUUAUAUUACACACGCCGACCGUUUUGAAAACUGCAUUUUACUUCAGAAAGCACGCAAACGAGAUCGCAAGGCAAUAGUCUUUGCCCUAGUUACAUUUUUCUUCAAAGAGGAAAGUCAAAAUAGCAAGAUCCUCCAGAGAAUUCUGGAACGAGCCUGUGUGUUCAUUAAUCAGUCAUUCAUGCAUGGUACGUUUAAAGUAUAUUUUAAUGUUUUGUUGCAUCGCUAGCCAAGGUAGCCACUAUUUGCUUUCAAUCGAAACCCAGAUAGUUAACGUUAGUAGGUAGCCAAAUCUUGAUUUACUUGCAGACGUGUGUGUUGAUUAAAACAUUUACAAAACAGCCGUGGCAUUUAGGGUCCAGUUGAUUACGUUAUCUAGCUGUUGUAAGGUUUGCGAUUCUUUUGAUCAGUGUUCAUUAUUUGUUUCAUGUGACUUUACCUUCUUUCUAACAUUAGAGCCCGCACAUUGUUACAAUGUUACAAGGGGACGACGGUGCCCAGCUCGAGUGCAGUGUCGUGGUGGAGCGCCUGAACUCCUCUGGCCAGGCCACCAAACGCCAAGUCAUCCGGAAGGCAGCUGUUCUUCUCGGUCGCAACGAGUUCCAGGAGAUAAUCCUGCGCGUGCACGACGGUAAAAUACCCCAAAGUUACACGCUCAAAGAGUUCCAGCUCUUUACCCGGUUUGCCAAGGAUGGCAAGUGCACCGUCAAACUGCUCCCCGAAAACAUCCAGGUGCUCAUCUCUGACUGCCCGCCCCACCUAUUAAACAUUUUCCUGAAGACCUUGAGUAUCAAACACCAGGCCUGGCAGACUAGCAAGCCCAUGACUGACCGAGAGAAGCUGAAAGCCUGUCUGCCCCGCAGCUUUGAGACCAUCAGCCCAUUACAGCGGAAGGAUGUACAGAAGGCCAAUGAGUUGAGGAGCAAAGUGAACACGCCAUUGCUCUCUAAAGGCCUGGUAGUGAGGACUGGUAAUAAGAUGACUGGAGGACCACAGGGACAGCAGGUUAAGAGACCAAGGACGGACUGUGACUCAAGCCCAGUGAGUUGAGUUCAUAUCCUCUGUGACUUGAUCAUUUCUCCCCAAGCUGAAAUUCAAACUGGUUUGCACUGAACAGCCCUGGUAGUGAAAAUGCAUUGCAUGCCAUUUAGCUUAGUCUAUGUAUUAUCACUGACUCGGUUUCAUUAGACAUAAGAUUGGUUUGAUGUCCAACAUUUUGUUAGCUGUUAGGCUAGUCCUUGAUGACGAAGAUGUUGUUGAAUAAAUGUUUUUAUUUAUGCUCCAUUUUCAGGUGAAGGCACUCCACCCAAGCAAAAAGCCCAUCCUGUCUCUACCAACGGCACGCAAGUUGAACAAAGAACAAGCCGCUGUCCUCAGCGCUGUGUUGAGUGGGAAGAAUGUUUUCUUCACCGGCAGUGCAGGUAUCUACCUUCAAUUUGAAGCUGAAGUCAUUACUUUAAUGGUAUGAGGUUGACUCAUACGUUCAGGACCCUCACAUAGUUUUUUUGUUUAUUCAAGACUGUGUGUGUGGUCUGUAUUUUUGUUCAGGCACAGGGAAGUCCUUCCUGUUGAAGAGGAUUGUGGGCUCGCUGCCGCCCAAAAGCACCUACGCCACGGCCAGCACGGGCGUGGCAGCGUGUCACAUUGGGGGAAUCACGCUACACAAUUUUGCUGGUCAGUCACCACACCACCGAAUAUGAUAGAGAGAGUGUUGGUUUGUGUGAGAGCUGUCUAGGAAUGGCAGUCUCGACUCUAAACAGUUGUUUCCCUCACGACGCCAGGACAGCAGAGUCACUCACCACCUUCCGGAGACAUUUGAAACCCCACCUCUUUAAGGAAUACCUGGGAUAGGAUAAAGUAAUCCUUCUACCCCCCCCCCCCCCCCCCCCCAAAUUGUAAAGUGGUUAUCCCACUGGCUAUAGGGUGAACGCACCAAUUUGUGAGUCGCUCUGGAUAAGAGCGUCUGCUAAAUGACGUAAAUGUGCCCUUGAGCAAGGCACUUAACCCUAAUUGCUCCUGUAAGUCGCUCUGGAUAAGAGCGUCUGCUAAAUGACUAAAAUGUAAAUGUAAUGUAAAUGUUUCAUUUUACACGUUGUGAUAGUCCCCAUACUUAGCUUCACAAAAUGGUCGCCUGCCGGUUACCAGAACUGUACUAUGGGCCUUUAGUGAAGGGUUGGCUAAACACCAUCUCUCUCUUCUUUCACCCUCCCUAUUUCCUUACUUGUCUCCUUCCCACCUUUUCCAUAUUCUCUUUUAAGCUGUUAUUACCCCUUUUGUCUCUCUCUCUGUGUCUCUCAGGUAUCGGGUCAGGCUCAGCCCCUCUGGAGCAGUGUAUAGAGCUGGCCCAGAGGCCUGGGGUCCUGCAGCACUGGACCAGCUGUCGCCACCUCAUCAUCGACGAGAUCUCCAUGGUGGAGGCCCAGUUUUUCGACAAGCUGGAGGCCAUAGCCAGGUACUAGAAGCACCACUCUCUCGCACCCUAUAGAAUUUAGUAUUGGAUUAUAUAAUUACACGUUUAUGGGCUGAAUCCUAGCUUCAGAAAUGCCACUCCCAUUGAUUCCCAUACACAAUUUAAGAAUGAUGUACACGUAUCAACUGACGUGUUGCUAUUCCAAGUUCAUGUCGUAUAAUUCUCUUAUGAUUUCUUCUGUUGACAUGUCGUUGCUCCAGGUCUCUGAGGAGGUCCACAGAGCCGUUUGGAGGCAUCCACCUGAUAGUGUGUGGCGACUUCCUCCAGCUGCCCCCGGUCUCCAAGGGAAAGGACAAGGCCACGUUCUGCUUCCAGGUCAGAAAGCCUGGUGAUAAUGGUGACAUGUCAUGAUAAUGCUCCACUGACUCUCACCUUGAGCAUUUUUCAUUACAGCAUGUGUCAGUCUAGCCAUGUUGACAUCUGCUACUUGGUGGGUGUAUUAGAUUAAAGUCCUAACAUCUUAACACAGAAGCUUGCUUACAAUGUGUGAAUAAGUCAUGCAUUACUAAUAUCAAUGACAGAUUUGGGGUAAACCUUUGAGUUACAUCUAACUUGUACAGUAUUUCGAGUCAGUGUCCGAGAUGAUAUCUUAUAUUAUGAUAAAUACAAUGCUGACCUCUACUCUCCUUGACCUCUAGUCUAGAAGCUGGCGGAAGUGCAUCCAGCUGAACAUGGAGUUGACUGAGGUGCGCAGACAGACGGACCAGUCCUUCAUCUCCCUCCUGCAGGCAGUGAGGGUGGGCAGGUACAGUACGCUGAGCAGUGGACAAUAGGCAGCCAUUUUGGAUGGCUGUUCUGGGCCUAUUCAAUGGGUGUAUCUCAAUAGUUUGAAGCAGCUUCCUCUCCUUGUGUUUUCUUUCAUGAAAUGCAAGAUUGGUAGAAGAUAUGCUUCACCUAUCCAGUUCUUUCACAAAAUGUGACUAGGAACGAGAGGAGAGAAAGCCACUUUAUAGACUGAGAAGCAUCCAGUGUGCCACCAACUAACUGAUAUCCAUGGUCUCAUGACAAAAUGCUAGUUCUACAGUAUACCAUAUAGAGUGAGCCAUUUAGUAAAAUAAAAUGUUCUACGUGUUGGAAUGGAAUCCUAAUCAUGCAAUAUGCUACGUAUUAAUUAAGUCAAUGUCCAUCAUCCAAUCCCACAGAGUCACAGAGGAAGUCACUGCCAAGCUGAUGGGGAGCGCCUAUCACAAGAUCGAGCGGGAUGGUAUCCUGGCAACCAGGCUUUGCACUCACAAGGAUGACGUAGAGCUCACAAACGACAACAAGCUCCAGCAGCUGCCAGGUUUGGUGUUUUUCUUUAUUUUUGAUCAUUAUAAGGAAUUUUAUCCCCCACAGUUCUUCCAUUGUUGUGAGACACACCGUUGCCUUGAGGCAAGUGACGAUUGGCCAGUAUUGUGUCACAGGCUUGAGUCACCUGACAGGGCCGGCCCUAGCCUCUAAGUGACUGAAACGACCGCUUAGGGCCCCGUGACCGCUAGGAGGCCUCCGACCAAAACAUUUAUAAAUAACCCACAGAUUUUGUUAGUCACUCUCACUCAGAUAUAUUAACAUGGCAUAAGUCAUGGUAAAACUUGUAGAAUUGCAGGAAAUAUUUAUUUAUUAAAUUAGGGCCCCCAAAAGGCUGCCUUGUGACCAUAUAGGACCUUGAGGGUCUCGCUUCCAAAGGUGUUUUUUGGGUGCUAACCCAAUUAGCAGGCCAUUUCAGGAAGUCCUGUUCCAACCUUCCUCACUUCCUUUUGAUAUUGCCUUUGUUAGGCCCCCAUACACAAAGCUUGCAGGAAAAAAAUGAUUCACUAAUGAAUUGCAGCCUUGCGCAGACUAGGGGUGUGACGUUUUAACGAAUUAGGAAUCGUAAACUUUUUUUGUUGACAAAUUUUAAAUCACAGUGCAGUUAUCACAAUGUCCCGAUCAUCAUAAAGGCAAAAAUAUUUUUGGUACAAAUACGCAACAAUGCUGUAAGGAGAUGUGCAUCUUUCUAAUGAUUUGCCAAGGAUCUAAAGAGCUCCACAGGUCAUUGUCAUUAACUGUUGGAGAAAUGUCAGAGUGAGACAGGGAAGUGACAGCCACAAAGUCCUGUAUGGCAAUACUUUAAGAAGUUAAAUGAGAAGGUGAUGAAAUGUGAACUUUGCGAGGUGGAAUUGAACUACAGUGGCAAUACAGGUGCAAUGCUGAAAGAGAGGCACGUGAGACCCAACCCGUUGCUGGCAGCAGUGCGAUAAGGGACAGGGUGAGAAUCUCAGUGCUGAUUACAGAAAUGAUUGCAGUUGAUAUGCAGCCAUUGUCAAUGGUAGAGGAUGUCUGCUUCAAUACCCUAAUGGCAUAUCUAAAACCGUGACAGCCCUGAUGAAAAAAUGGUACAAUGAUUGCUCUGCAAGUACAAAGUACGAGCACUCAAACACCAUACAUAGCUUUAACAGAUUGUUGGACGUCUAUGAACACGCUGUCAUGCAUCACUGCAACGAGCCAUCACAUUGAUUAGAAGUGGGACAUGAAGUCCCAUGUACUGAGAACAUGGAGGUGAGGCACACAACAGAACCUAAAAUGACAUUAAUACCAUUGUUGCUGAGUAGGUGGGGGACAGCAGGAAGGUGAGCGCCAUCUAGCUGGUAGGUAGCCAGGACUACUGUAUAUUGAACUGCAUUAACCCCCUAGAGGUCAUAUACAACCAUGUCAUUUUUUUUUUUUGAAUUCGCGUCGUUUUCUGAAGAAGAAAAAAAAUAGCAGUUUAAACGUUCAGUGACAUUUUACAUUUGUCACAUCCCAAGCCCAGACACCCCAUGAUUUAAGUCGGCUAGAAUCAAUGCAAGGACAUGGUCUUGUUUUUGAUUUGUGAACACAGCCUUAUGCUGCCCUUGUUGCUGGGCAACCUGUGGUGAGUGUUUGCCCCCAGCUACCAUGGGUUCUCUCUCUGUGUGUCCUGCUGGUUUUAAUGGUCAUGGAGUCCUACUGAGAUGAACAUUGAAAGUAGGGUUGUCACUUACAUCAGGUGUAAAAACAAAUUCUGCCCCAAUUGCUCAAAACAAAAUCUCCAUCCAUGUGCUGCUUUUGUUAGGAGACCCAACUGAACAUGUCCUCUGUCUUUUUUCUUUGAGUCACAAACAGACAAUCUUGUUGCUUAGGUUACAGAUCUGUGAUCUCCUGGGUGUCAUAUUGUGAAGAUGUAGUCAUCCCAGAUAAGGUUGUGAAGGUGUAUCCCAAAAGUAAGCCCUCUUAGCAAGUCUCUCAAUGAGCUGUUAAACAGGAAGAGGAGGGCAUUCAAAGAGGGUACCCAAUACUUAGUUAAAUAGGCUGCAAAAAGUGGUGACGUGAAAUCAGGAGAGCUAAACGGAUGUGCAAGGACAAAAUUGGAAAAAUAAUGUGGUACCAAUUUUAGGCUUGGCCUGGGAUGGUAUGAAAACUGUUGUGGGGUUGCAGGACAAAAGUAAGAAAAGUUGCCAUUAGAUGGCUUUAAUUCUGACUGGCACAGGUGUUGAGUUUUAUCUCAGUUUUGAUGUACACGAUUUUAGUAAUAAAUUCUAAAUUAAACACGACCCCCCCCUUUGAUGAAUGCAGUGUGGUUAGCACAUUUUGACACUGCAAACCCAGAAAAAGCCCUGGAUGUCACCUGACAUGGACUAACAAAAUCAAUAUAUAUUUUUUGGGGGGGUUGGGGGCUGUAAGCAGUCACUUAGAAGCUGUCAAGAGAUGACUCAAGCCUGUGACAUAGCACUGGCCAAUCGUCACCUUUUCUUAUCUCCUCUGCAGAGCAAUUGGGCCGUAUCUUUAAUUGCAUCUUAACAGUCUACUGUCAUCCAUGUUGCCAAGAACAUCUACUCAAAGGUUUUUAAUGACUACAGACCAGUCACCAGGGGGUAGACGCUAGCCAAUUACAAUAAUUUUGGCACCAUGAUUGAUAAUAAAUUGAGCUCAGUGUAACACUGACGUUGUGUAAGAAGGGCCAGCAACAGCUUUUUUUGUCACAGGAAACUGGGAAAGUUCCAGGUUGACAGGACCUUGACUCUCUUAUAAAUCGUACAAUCGUCAAACAUUUUCUUUUGAUCUGUUGGUAUGGCAACCUUAGUAUCAAAGCUAAAAAUCCACUAGCUAGAAUAUUGAAAGUGGGCAGAAAUCUCACAGGAGUCUGACCUGUCCAACAGACAAGUGGUGAGGAAGGCAGAAUCCAUCCUUUCUGUCUGUGCCCACCCUCUACACCCUUCAAACUCAACUCUGGACCUUGAAGCCAGUUCCACUGCAUUUUUUUUAUUGUUCCCCUCUAAUCAGGGACUGAUUUAGACUUGGGACACCAGGUGUGUGCAAUUAAUGAUCAGGUAAAACAGAACCAGCAGGCUCCGGACCUUGUAGGGUUAGAGGAGUACCCCUGCUCUACACCAUGAGUUCCAUCCUGUCUGACUGUGUCCUCCCUCUACACCAUGAGUUCCAUCCUGUCUGACUGUGUCCUCCCUCUACACCAUGAGUUCCAUCCUGUCUGACUGUGUCCUCCCUCUACACCAUGAGUUCCAUCCUGUCUGACUGUGUCCUCCCUCUACACCAUGAGUUCCAUCCUGUCUGACUGUGUCCUCCCUCUACACCAUGAGUUCCAUCCUGUCUGACUGUGUCCUCCCUCUACACCAUGAGUUCCAUCCUGUCUGACUGUGUCCUCCCUCUACACCAUGAGUUCCAUCCUGUCUGACUGUGUCCUCCCUCUACACCAUGAGUUCCAUCCUGUCUGACUGUGUCCUCCCUCUACACCAUGAGUUCCAUCCUGUCUGACUGUGUCCUCCCUCUACACCAUGAGUUCCAUCCUGUCUGACUGUGUCCUCCCUCUACACCAUGAGUUCCAUCCUGUCUGACUGUGUCCUCCCUCUACACCAUGAGUUCCAUCCUGUCUGACUGUGUCCUCCCUCUACACCAUGAGUUCCAUCCUGUCUGACUGUGUCCUCCCUCUACACCAUGAGUUCCAUCCUGUCUGACUGUGUCCUCCCUCUACACCAUGAGUUCCAUCCUGUCUGACUGUGUCCUCCCUCUACACCAUGAGUUCCAUCCUGUCUGACUGUGUCCUCCCUCUACACCAUGAGUUCCAUCCUGUCUGACUGUCCUCCCUUUACACCAUGAGUUCCAUCCUGUCUGACUGUCCUCCCUCUACACCAUGAGUUCCAUCCUGUCUGACUGUCCUCCCUCUACACCAUGAGUUCCAUCCUGUCUGACUGUCCUCCCUCUACACCAUGAGUUCCAUCCUGUCUGACUGUGUCCUCCCUCUACACCAUGAGUUCCAUCCUGUCUGACUGUGUCCUCCCUCUACACCAGGGUGUCUAACUCAUUAUAUGCUGGUUUUUGGUUUUUUAUUUCAAUUAAGACUUGGACAACCAGGUGAGGGGAGUUCCUUACUAAUUAGUGACCUUAAUUCAUCAAUCAAGUACAAGGGUGGAGCGAAAACCCGCAGACACUCGGCCCUCCUCUGACACUGGCCAUCCCCUACACCAUGAGUUCCAGGUCCUACCCUCUGGCUCCUGGGUUUAGAGUCCCAACUGUCAAGACUAACCGGUACAAGCACUCCUUUACCCUUAGUGUCAUUGCCCUUUUCAAUACAGGGAAGAGGAGGAGGUAGGCUACUCUGUCCUACUGGUAUCAUUGUCCUUGGUUGUCAUAACAUGGGGAUGAUGGUAAUGUGGUGAUGAUGUUGCUAAUGAUGCUUUUGGUCAGCAUAUUCUUGAUGUUGACGUGAUAAUUUGAGAAUGUUGUUGGGUUUACUACUACUUUAGUGUUGUGCAGCUGCUAAUGUUGAUCAUUAGUAUUGUAUACUGUAUAUCUACAUUGAUGCUGUCCGCCCAUGGCUGAUGUAGCAGCCCAUUGAUGUAGCAGCCCAUUGAUGUAGCAGCCCAUUGUAUUGUGAUCCGUGUGGAUUUAGUUUGUCUCCAAAUGCUACCCCUGCUGCAAAGCCGAAUGCCCUCUGGGACAAAUUUAAGUGGAAACUUGAUGAUGUUGGAACAUAAACUGUGUGCAACAUUUUAAAGGGGUCCUCUUGCUUUUGUUUCCAGGGUCAGUGCGGGUAUUUGAGGCUGUGGACAGCGACCCUGCGCUGGUGAAGAUCAUAGACACCCAGAGUCCCGUCAGCAGGCUGCUGCAGCUUAAAGUGGGCGCUCAGGUCAGUGCAUGGAGACUACUCCUACAGUGGUCACAACUGAAUAGGAGUGAAUGCAUCUCUAACCUGUUGAGCUAGCUUGACUCAAUGAUGAUCAGAGGCAUGGCGUUUUAAAGUAAUCUUUAUUUUCCAUUGUGAUAUGACCGCUCACUGACUAAGCUGAUUUAAUUCCUAUCCCCAGGUCAUGCUAACAAAGAACCUGGACGUCCAACGUGGCCUGGUCAACGGGGCUCGAGGUGUCGUAGUAGAUUUUCAGCCGGGGAAACUAGGUAAAUUCAAUAUACAGUACACAUCUACAUACAAUAAACAAUAGGAUUCAGAGGUUAAAAAAAGUAUAUGGUUCGGGUCUCGGGUGUGUAGAAAAGUAGGUAACACUUUAUUUGCUCUACAGACUGAGUAACAUUUAAACUAUCUACUAACCCUUGCCUUAACCUUUACCCUAACCCUUAUUCUAAACCUAACCGUAACCUUAGCAAGCAGUUGUUUAUCAACAGUUUGUUGAUAGUAUAACCAUCUGCAGAUAGAAAAUCGGGACUAUCCAAAUAAAGUGACCCAAAAGUAUGCUUUAAUGACUAAUAACCCUCAAAUGUAAUUGCAGCUAUCUGUUUUAACUAUGCAUUUAUGAUGAUUGAUUCAUUCACAAACCAGUGUUCCCUAACUCUGUAUAGCACCAGUCCCAUCAGUCCUUUCUGACUCCUCAGGGCUCCCACGCGUACGUUUCCUGUGCGGCACCACCGAGGUGCUGAAGCCAGAGCGGUGGAUGUUCAAGGCCGGAGGCGGGCUCUACCUGAGCCGCCAGCAGCUGCCACUCAAACUGGCCUGGGCCAUCUCCAUCCACAAGAGCCAGGUGAGGCGUGGCAAUGACCAUAGAAGGUCACAUGGAGUGCUUGGCUAAACUCUAGAACGGAGUAAGGAUUCCACAUAUGAGCAGUAUUCAAAUACAAAGAAAAUGCAUCCUUCCCGAUCUUCUUGGAGGUGACCUGAUACAAUUGAUUUGGUUAAAGCUAUGCAGUGCAACUUCUGCUUUCUCCUGUCCAAUAGUGUUGGAUCAUUGAUAACGCCCUCUCUCUCUCUGACGUCAAAUGUAAUGGACCUACAGCCUAUGUUUGAUCACAUUCCCAAAACGCAAUCCUCUCCCUUUGGACGCGAUGACGCGCCCCUACCAAACUGCUACUGCACAGAUAAAUGCGAUAUCUCAUGAACUCCAUCUAGACCAUGCUAAUCACAUGAUGCUUUUAUCUAUCCAUUAAAGUUCCACAAGGUUAGAGACAUUAAGGGGAGAGGAAAGGUGGCAUGCGCCUGGAUGAAAUGGAAUCCAGCCAGCCUCCGAUGAUGGAUGACCAUUUAGCAAUUCUCACUCCCCAUAUGUCACCCCAUGUCUUGACACUAAACCACCAGACAGUGUUGGUCACAAAUCAGCUGAGUUUGACCCUGGGUGUUAUUACUCAGUGCACCACCAUCUCUGCAGAUCCAUCUCCUGCCCGAGAACUGGAUCUCAUUACUCUGAAAUGUGUCUGUGUGAUUGGCUAGGCAGAUGAGCCGAGCACUCUGGUUAAUUGAGUUCAUUGGUCACUGUCGGUGUCAUCAAUGUUUGGUUUCCCUCCCCUUGACUGAGGCAGCGGUAGAAACCGAUGGAGGGAACAGAGUGAUGUCACAGGAUCAUAACCUUGUGAUAAUUGCAGCUUUUAUAUUAGCAUUGAAGAUGUGCAGCUCUAAGCAAUAUGUCUCGAUUCUGUGUUCAUAUGAUUCAUCCUCUAUGAAUCAUUGUUUUUCUGCAGCUAUCCAAACAAAGCUAGUUUUCACUACACUUCAGGCUGACUGAUUCACAUCACGUGUAUGGAAUAGGUCUUCCUGUCUGUAUGAUCGUCUAUUUCCAUGCGACUGUAUUUGGGGCAUGUUUCUUACCCACUGUGUGUGUCAGGGCAUGACGCUGGACUGUGUGGAAAUCUCCCUGGCGCGGGUGUUCGAAAGCGGGCAGGCCUAUGUGGCUCUGUCUCGGGCCAAGAGCCUGGAGGGGCUAAGGGUCAUGGACUUUGACCCCCGCGUGGUCCGUGCCAACCCUGACGUGUUGCACUUCUACAGCAAGCUGAGGAAAGAGAGGCUACUGUUGCAGGUGAGUUUCUGGCUGUGUAUUGACAGUAGACCCAGUCUGGGUCCUCAUAGGGGUUAUCUAACAAGGACCCAGAAUAGGUCAAAGGGUUUAUAGACCUACAGUGACUUAUUCCACAUUUUGUUACAGCUUGAACUCAAAAUGGAUUAAAUGAUUUUCUCACCCAUCUAAACACAAUACCCCAUAAUGACAGUGAAAACAUGUUUUUAGCCAUUUUAGGGGGAAAAAACACAAAACAAUGAAAUACAGAAAUCUCAUUUACAUAAGUAUUCACACCCCUGUGUCAAUACUUUGUAGAAGCACCUUUGUGAGCGAUUACAGCUGUGAGGCUUUCUGGGUAAGUCGUAAGAGCUUUCCACAUCUGGAAUGUGCAACAUUUGCCCAUUAUUCUUGUCAAAAUUAUUCAAGCUCUGUCAAAUUGAUUGUUGAUCAUUGCUAGACAUCCAUUUUCAGGUCUUGCCAUAGAUUUUCAAGUAGAUUUCAGUCAAAACUGUAACUUGAACAUUCACUGUCUUGGUAUGCAACUCCAGUGUAGAUUUGGCCUAGCAUUUUAGGUUAUUGUCCUGCUGAAUGGUGAAUUAAUCUCCCAGUGUCUGGUGGAAAGCAGACUAAACCAUGUUUUCCUUUAGGAUUUUGCCUGUGCUUGGCUCCAUUCUGUUUAUUUUUUUAUCCUGAAAUUCCCCAGUCCUUAGCGAUUACAAGCAUACCCAUAACAUUAUACAUCCACCACUAUGCUUGAAAAUAUGGAGUGGUACUCAGUAAUGUGUUGUAUUGGAUUUGCUCAAACACUGUAUUCAGGACAAAAAGUGAAUUGCUUUGCCACAUACUUUGCAAACCGGAUGCAUGUUUUGGAAUAUUUUUAUUCUGUACAAGCUUACUACUUUUCCCUCUGUCAAUUAGAUUUGUAUUGUGGAGUUACUACAAUGUUGAUCAUCAUCUGUUUUCUCCUAUCACAGCCAUUAAAUUCUGUAACUGUUUUAAAGUCACCAUUGACCUCAUGGUGUAUUCCUUGAGCAGUUUCCUUCCUCUCCGGAAACUGAGUUAGUAAGGAAGACUAUCUUUGUAGUGACUGGGUGUAUUGAUACACCAUCCAAAGUGUAAUAAUAACUUCACCAUGCUCAAAGGAUAUACUUUUUUAAAUUUUUUUUACAAUACAAAUCAUACACAUACAAACGACAACAUCAAAUACAUCACACCUGCCCAGAGCCACAUGCUCACACCCCCAUCUCCAGGGCCCGCAUCACUCUCCACCACAUGGCCUCAAACAGCACAAUGUUUUUUCUCUCUGUUGCCCACACACUUUCAACUUUUAGAUAUUAAUCUUAGGGAUAUUCAAUGUCAUGUUUAUUUUUUUUACUUCUACCAAUGGGUUCCCUUUGCGUGGCAUCGGAAACCCUCCCUGGUCUUUGUGGUUGAAUAUGUUUGAAAUUCACUGCUCGACUGAUGGACCUUACAGAUAUUUGUAUGUGUGGGGUACAGGGAUGAGGUAGUCUUUCAAAAAUCAUGUUAAACAAUUAUUGCACACAGUGAAUCCAUGCAAUUUACGUGACUUGUUAAGCACAUUUUUACUCCUUAACUUAUUUAGGCUUACCAUAAAGGGGUUGAAUACUUAUUGACUCAAGACAUUUCUGCUUUCAAUUAUUAUUUAAUUAGUAAAAAUGUCAAAACAUAAUUCCACUUUGACAUUAUGGUGUGUGUAGGCCAGUGACACACAAAAAUCUCUAUUUAAUCAAUUUUAAAUUCAGGCUGUGACAACAAUGUGGAAAAUGUCAAGGGGUGUGAACACUUUCUGAAGGCACUGUACAUGGUCAAAAAAUACUAGUUAUUUGGAGCAAUGGGAACUGUCUUUUCUCUUGAAGUGUAUUUUUGGGGGACUGGUGACCUCAGUAGUUUAGAGUUGCGCUUUAAUGUUGUCCUACUGUGUACUGCCACCCAGUGUCAAGAGGUGUAAAGUUUUCCAGAGAUUUGACCUCUGACGGUGGGUUAGGUCAGGCAAUGAUCUGUGUUGGGUGCGGCCUUCCAGUUGUGUGGGUGUGUAUGUCCAAAGCAAAGGGCUCGUAUAACACUCUCUGUAUCUUUGCAGGCCUCGAUGGAUGAGUUUGUGGGCAAAAGUAACAAGGAGAACCGU